AUGGGUGACAAGGGAGACACAACCAAGAAGCAACCACAACAGCAGCAACCUCAAUCUCAUCACCACCAACAACAAACACAACAGAUUUCAACAUCUCCUAAACCCCCACGUGAGGAAUCCAUUCCAGAAGCAAGGCCAAUCCACCACCAUCAACAACAACAGUCACAAAUUGUUGUUGUAACUGGUGCAUCCCCUUUCAUUUCAAGUCCUCUAUAUGUUUCAAGUGGUGCAAGUUCUUCACCCUUUGAGCAACAGUUUGAGACACUGAACCCCAAGAGAGCAAGAUACAGUGGACAAUGGAAGCAGCUUCUACCAUCCCCUCCUGCACAACAGAAACAGUCUCAAAUGGCCAUGCUUCCGGCUGCAGAAUCAAGCCCUUCACCAACCACACAACAUACAUCAUCAAACCCCCAACCACUCCAAACACACCCUUCGGCUGCAGCUUCUUCAUCAGACACUGCUUCAUCUCCAUCACACUCUCCCAUGCCUUUGCUAUCAGGAGGUUCUGGCCAAGAAGGGAACAAGCCUGAGGUAGAGCAAGUUCACCAACAACUCAGAAAAGGGAAAUAUGUGAGCCCAGUUUGGAAACCCAAUGAGAUGUUGUGGUUAGCAAGGGCUUGGAAGGAACAGUAUCAAGGUUGUGGGUCUGAUUCAUCUUCUUCAAGAGCUGAACAACAUUCAGAAUUGGGAAUCACGAGAGGGAAAACUAGGGCUGAUAAAGAUAGAGAGGUUGCUGAGUUUCUGAAGAGGCAUGGAGUUAAUAGGGAUGCAAAAACUGCUGGGACUAAAUGGGAUAACAUGUUGGGAGAGUUCAGAAAAGUGUAUGAAUGGGAAAGAGGGGGUGAAAGGGAACAAAUUGGGAAGAGUUAUUUUAGGCUCUCACCUUAUGAGAGGAAGCUUCAUAGACUCCCAGCUUCUUUUGAUGAAGAGGUUUUUGAAGAGCUUUCACAGUUCAUGGGAUCCAGAAUGAGAUCCUCUCAUGGAAGAGUUAGUUCUUCUUUUGUUUCUGGUGAUGAAGCUAGAACAGCUCUUGCUGCUACGAGAGCCCUGCCACCACCACCUCGACCUUUCAAAGAUGAUGAGGUUCCUCUCUCAGCUAGGACAAAGCAAUUGGCUAUGACGAGUGGGGGUGAAGCUUUCUUUCAUGGUUCAAGAGGGGGGUUAUUAGGGUUAGAUUCUCUCUUGGAUAUUUCAGGUUCUUCUUCAUCUAAAGAACUCCGAAGAAUUGGGAAGAUAAGAAUGACAUGGGAGGAAUCAGUGAGUUUAUGGGCUGAAGAAGGUGAAAUCCACAGAGGGAGAGUGAGGCUUCAAUCUUCAAGCUUUCUGAAUGCUGAUGAACUCACUUGCUUUGAUGAUGCCAUGGUUCCUUGUCCCAUGGAAUCUUUCGAGGAUGGUCCUCUGAAAGGUUUCUCUGUUGAUAGAUUCGUUUUGGGUCAGCAAGUCAAAGUUUUUGGCAGAAGAAAGUCUUCUCCAGCCUCAGCUUCUUCUGGUUUUGCUGAAAGAGUUCAACUUCCCUCCAAAGCACUUUCCAUAAGAUCUAUUGCAACAUUGGAUUUUCGAGACCCAACGGAGUACUACAUGGACUGCCUCCUACGUGCGUUGCCACAAGCACUUCCAACCUUAUUCGAGUUAAAACGCUAUUUACAAGAGCCACCACCCGAAGAUUUACGCUUCCCACUGAGAAGAGACGUGUUCGAGGACAUGCCACAAGGGAAAGAACUGUUCUUCACAACAACAACCGAACCCUUAGACUGCAGAGCCAUAAUGUACGACGUUGUGGGACCCAUAAUUCGAAACAACCCUAGUCUCUCAAUUCCCACUUCGUCAAGCCGAGAAUCCUUCAUCACUCUAUGGGACGAUUGCAUCAAUAGGGUUAUAUCGAGAUUCUGCCCCGAAGAAAUGGUGCUAAUUAGAAAACCCACCUCAACAUCGACGGAAACAAUGUUGCAAGAUCAAUGGCCUAACGUAACCGGUUUCAUUCACAAUUAUUGCCUAUGGAGAGGGGAAGAAAUUGACCAAUUGAAAGAGGGUCAACCCGAUCCAUCAAAUACCAUAGUUGCAAAAAUUUUAUGGACCUACGUGGACCUCCCUUAUAUCCUUGGGUACUACGCAAUUGGCAAUACGGUGACGUUUUGUGCUUUAAGUAGGUCACAAGAGGGCAUAAACAUAAUCAACCGUACGGAUUUACACGAAGUGAAUCUGACUACGCCAUCGGAAAGACUCAAAUCGUUGGUUCCAUGUUUCAGAAUGGGUGGUUUAUUAGCGCUAUUGGGCAAGCGUUGUCUUAGCAUGAACAAUAACAAGGCUUUUGCUUACACUGAUUUUGAAAGGGUUUGUUCGGGUAACGGCGUGAUGACGGAAUUGACGCCAAACACGUGCACGAGGGUAUUUUCGGAAAAGAGAAAAUGGGCAGCGGUUAAGGAGGUUUACGAGAUUUUAGACCAUAGAAUCCCGCAUGCGGAGUUUUUGUUCAAUUCGUCGGAGAAGGAUUUGAGCUUGUCGUUUAAGCCGAGAGGGUGUAGAGUGAAGCCGUUGAACUGGGAACAGUUGGUGGAAGCGUUGAAGUACGUGACGAAAGCGUUAGUGGCGUUACACGACUUGUCGUUUAUGCACAGGGAUUUAAAUUGGGAGAAGGUGGUGAGAAGAAUGGAUAGGGAGAACGAGUGGUUCGUGCGUGGCUUUGAGGAGGCGGCGGGGGCGCCGGAGUUGAACAAGAGGGUGGUGGUGGAGCGUGGGGGGCACGCGCCGGAGAUGGAGAGAGGGUUGCAUGGGGUGAAGGUGGAUGUGUGGGGAGUGGGGUAUUUGAUAAGGACGUGUGGGUUGGGUGGGGUGCCGAAGAUGCUUAGGGAGCUUGAGAAUCGGUGCAUGGAGCAGAACCCUGAGCAAAGACCCACCGCCGCCGACUGUUACCACCACCUGCUACAGCUGCAGUCGUCGCUGUCAGUGGCCGCCGGUGGAGUACUAUUGAUGUGA